CGCUAAUCGAUUUAUUUUGUAAAAAAAAAAACACCAUAAGUCCGGAAAGUUGUCGCCGAUCAAAACUCGCUUAUUUCCACAGCCCAGUGCACUUGAUCGGAGACCGCACGUCGCCGUUAACAUAAACCAUCAACCCAUAUAGCGUAUAUAGCGUAUUUCGAAAAUCGAAGGGAAUCAGGUGGAAGAAGGAGAAAUACAACAACAAAGCAAGCUCGCCACGUCAGUGGGAGUGAGCGAGAGCGCAAACGAGUAGCGUACGGGAGUGAGCGAGAGACAAGAAAGCAAAAUGUUUAGCAACUUUAAGGAGCGUAUUAUUUCGGCCAUAGCGCCCGACUUGCCACCUCUGCCGGGCAACAGCGAGCGGGCUAUUGGCUCUGGAAGCGGUCACCAUCACAGCUCGACGCACCAGCGACUCCGGUUCGGCGCUUCCGGCGGACAGCCAAUGCCGGACAAGUUCCCCUAUGCCCGGCCGCCCUUUCUGCAGCUUCUCACGCCGGACGAGCUGCGCGCCUCGGCGGACCACAAUGUGCGGCCCAUCAUCGUGCCGCGGGACAUCAACCUACUGCCCUGGGGCACCGGAUACGCCGAAUGCGUCAACUCCGGAAAAUCCGAGUGGAACGAGGACCAGGGUGCCUUCUGCCGGCAAGUUCUUUCGGAUCCGGAGCAUAAACACCCAGAUCUCCCGUACACAUACUUCGGCAUUUUCGACGGACACGCCGGUUAUGGGGCCGCACUGGCCGCCUCGCAUCAGUUUCAUCACAUCCUGCACGAGAAGCUAGUGGACUGCCUGGAGCUCCUCCUGCCACGGGAUGCGGAUGCCACGAAUGGCGGCGGGGAAGGCAACAAGCUGAAUCCCACUUUCCCGCACCCCAUUUACUUCCAGCGCCGGGUGACUAAGGACGAACUAAUCAUCGGGGCGCUGGAGAGUGCCUUCUUCAACAUGGACUCGUUGAUAGCGCAGGACUGUGAUCGUUAUCGAGAUGCUGGGGGUUGCACCGCCUGCGUUUCAUUGUUUAUCGAUGGCAAGAUGUAUGUGGCCAAUGCCGGCGACUCCAGAGCUGUGCUCUGCCAGCGGCGUGCCACCCCCGAGAGGCCACAAACAAAUACUGACUCCGGGAUUGAGCCGGAUCCCUUAGAAGCUAGCUGUUAUCCAGUGCCAUUCUCGGCGGAUCACACGCCUGAAACUGAGCGCGAACGCCUGCUGAAUGUGGCCAGAUUGAAGCCUCACCUCAUGGGGAAGCAUUAUGUGGCCAUGGAGUACGCAAAGCGGCCGCAUAUCAAGGACAUGGGCCAGCGCAUUCUCUGCCGACAGGGCACCAUGCGUGGCUGGACAUACAAAACUUUGACCAUGGAAGACCUCUGCAUGCCGGUGGUCAAUGGCGAGGGAAAAAGAAGUCGCUUGCUGGGUACGUUGGGGGUCACGCGCGGCUUUGGCGAUCACGAGCUGCUAGCCAUCAACACAGGUAUUCAGAUAAAACCAUUUCUCACGCCUCACCCCGAUGUCAGGCAGCGGGAUCUGACACAGGUGGUUUCAAUUCCGGAUGAGGACAACCGGGAUGGCGACUACGGAGUGCUCGUCAUGGCCACCGAUGGCCUGUGGGAUGUGUCCGAAAAUGACGCCGUUUCACGCACCGUCUUCCAGACGCUCUCCAAAUAUUCAACGGAGAAACAUCGUUACACGAUGGUCGCCCAGGAGCUGGUGGCCCGUGCUCGUGGCAAAAUCAACGACUCCGGGCAUUGGCGACUCGCAGAUAGCAAGGCUGCAGCCACUGUUGAUGACAUCUCGGUGAUUGUUAUCCCGGUUUGCCAGUAUUACAAAGAGCACGUGGAGUGGACGCAAAACUACAAACGAGAUCUCGAACAUCGUCGCCGCCAGGCCCAGGCCCAUAUGGCGCAGGAAGCGGUCAACGUGCUCAAUGGCGUGAUUGCCGAGGAAGCUCACGUGGUUGAAGAGGAAGAGGAAGGCGAAGUGGUUGUUCAUGAGGCCAGGACUUCUCACAAUCAAACGAAAGUUCCAAGGCGGCUGGACGGGACACUCGACGAAACCCUGGUGGUAGAGCUGACCCCUUCACUGGAGCAAGUUCACAUUCAGAACGCGGAUUCAGCGGAAGGCGAAUCCAGCAAGGAGAACGUUAAUGAUAAGGACAAAGAGGCGUCCACGACGAGACAGCAGUCACAGCAGCAGCAGCAACAACAACAACAACAACAACAGAAGGGUCGCAAGGGCAAAGGCAAGCACUAGGACGAAGGUAAUGCCACCCAGGCCGAUACAUUAGUCGUAAUUAGACUAAGCAAUAUUCGAACGGAUAUGGAUGCGGCUGAAAUGGGCACAUCUAUAUUUGUUUUUACACUCCACACGAAAGGACAAAUUCAAAACAUUCAAAGUUUACAUAAUUUGCUUAUGUACGCCCCCAAACAAACAAAACAGAAACGCAUGUCAACUUAAUGAAACUGUACAAUAAUUUGCGGCAAUGAAGUGUAUUUAUUUUAUCCUAAAAGAUUGAAUGACGAACAAAGCCCAAUAGUAACGGAGGCGAUAUUUUCAAUAACGCAAAUAAAAACCUUAUGAUUCCAAAUGAAAGCAUAAAAAGUAAUUUAAGCUGCGUAUAACAUAAGCCAACUAUUAAUAUAAAAUAUAAUUACAAAUAUUGUUAACUAAACUAACAGACCAGAGAAUUAUUGGGGCAACUGAUAAGAAACACAAGCGAUAAGAAAGGCUUGAAUAACUUUUAAAUGUCGCUUAACACUCUGCUGUAUGCCAAUACAGAUUACUUUUGGAUUCCUUCGUUUUGUUAUCAGUAGCGCCCAGAAAAUGUUUAAAUCCUGAUCAGUUCUGUUAACGUUCUAUUCUGUAGAAGCGAAAUUUCAGUGCAUUAUAUUAUAUUUUAAAAUGUUAUGUUUUUAUGUUUAACAUUAGGAAUGUCGUUUGAUUUGAAGUUAAUAUUUGGAUGAAUACAUUUUUUAAAGGCAGGUAAUUUUUGUUUACUCUAUAAACAGCCGAAGAGUGUUCCUAAACCAUUUUGGUACAGAUCCUUAUAUUGAAAGAUAAAAAUCGAGCGAAAUAAUGAAAAUGAUUCACUUGCUGUCUUAUACGACAUUAUAAAUGUAUUUUGGAUAUCCCAAUUAGAUCGAAACAAUUCGAAUUGGUUAUUUGUUUUUCAAUUAGGUUCCUUCUGCUUGGUUUGAAAAAUUCAACUUAACAAUAAUUUCGAAUCAGUUUCGUUGAAUAUGUUUAUUAAUUAAAUGAUUCAUAUCGGAAUUCAAUCAUUUGAAUGUAUGUAUAGUCUGGAAGCUGUUAAAAUCUACUAAGAAAAUAUAUUCACGCAUUCAUAUAUAUGAUUAAGAUAUAUAUGUAUGUUCUUGGGGAAUUUAGUCGAGAGUUGGCUUUAAAGUGGGUUGCUUGUAUUGUAUGCUUAAACUAUCUGUUGUCUCUGUCCUUUUUGUGCAACCCGAACAUUUUUGUAAGAGACCGUUCGGAAUUAUUGAUAAAUGAUUACAGUUUUUAUCAUAGUAGGCCACUUUUGUAUACAUGAGUUUUAAUCUAAUCGCUGGAUUAGAUUUCUCAUCAGCCCGUGGACUAAAAUUCUUUUUCUGCCUGUCUCAACUUCGUUUUAUAAUUUGUGUAUGAAUCUGUUAAAAAACGAAGCAGGGAAACGACGUAUCCCUUCAAUUUGGUUGUCGUCAUUUCAAAACAAGGUAAUUAAGUAUAAAUCAUUGCUGUAGACGCAACAUAUUUUGCAAAAGUUUAUCGUGACAACUAUUAGGCGAAAUGUUCAUCUCAAGAUCCUUCUUAAAUAUUUUCUAUAUUAUAUGUCAAUGUGUACACAUUGUUUUCCCUCCGCAGCUAGCUAAUUAUAUAUGUACUUUAGGAUAAUCAUACCAUUUUCCCCCUCCAACUCCUUUUAAUAACACCACGAAAAUACAGUUUUAUUCAAGGGAUGUUAUCCUUUUUUAAAAAAUUUCUAAGUUUUACUAACCUUGUUUAGGUGGUGUAAAUAUGUAUAUGAAGUUAUUGUUUUAUUUUUGGUAGCAGUAAGUUCAGUAGUGGCACAGCACAAUAAUCCUUUAGCACACACACACAUGCACUUACAAGAAGCACACACACAGCCUCUUAUGCACACACACAAGCUCGCAAACAAGAAACUUCUGCUUUUCAAGUGGCAUACAUAGCUUCUAAGGAUUCACAUGGCUCUUCUACAUAAUUUAUUCAAUUUCGUUCCACUUUGCUUGUAUUUUCUUUUUUUUUUUUUGUAUAUUUCCCUCUAGCAUAAU